ACCUCGGAACCUACUUUGAUUGUGAUAUGGGCGGCAGGUCGGACCGAGUUCAGUGAGACACGGGAAGUGGUGGACAGGAGAAAUGGUGCACUGCUUUUAAAAAAAUAAUUAAAAAAAUUAAAUUAAAUGCAUCACAGCAAUGAACUCCUUCGAAGUGUCCACCAGGGGGUUCCGUUCCCCGAGCCCGAGUCGGGUAUUUGCAGACGCUCCCUCAUCCGGGGCGACUGCCUGUAUUAUCAUUACGGCUGUGACGGAUUGGACGACCGUGGCUGGGGCUGCGGGUACCGCACUCUGCAGACGCUAUCGUCCUGGAUGCGCCUCCAAACGUCCGGUGAAAACACCCCGCCGACCCUGAGAGGGAUUCAAGAGGCUCUGGUUAAAACGGAGGACAAACCAGCCAGUUUCGUGGGCUCCCGGGGCUGGAUCGGCUCCUUCGAAAUCGCCUUGUGUUUGGAUAGUUUUCACCAGGUCCCUUGCAAGAUCGUGCACGUCCGCCGGGGCGCCGAACUCCAGAACCAGAUCGCCGAACUUCACGGGCACUUUGACCGCUUCGGCUCACCUGCCAUGAUGGGAGGGGACAGCGAUAACGCGUCCAGAGCGAUCCUCGGGGUCUGUUCGGGUGAACGGGGUCACUAUCUGUUGGUAUUGGACCCCCAUUAUUUCGGCGCUGGCGGGUCGUUAGUGAAAGAAACGGCGCACGCCGAAGGGUGGGUGUCGUGGAGGAAAAUCGAUUCUUUUGAUCAGGGCUCCUUCUAUAAUUUCUGUCUGCCGCAGCUCGCUGCGAAAUAAGAACGCAAGAACAGGACUCGGUUAACACGCUGGCUUAUCUAAGCCUGGUUUCGCCUCUGUAUAAGACAGGCAAUUAACCUUGACUGGACAGCAGCGCCUGGACUCCUAAGAACAUAACAUCGAGGAGCGAGGGGAGGCGGUUCGUCCCAUCAGCGCUCCUCCGGUUCCGAACAGCGGAUUGAUCUCGGAUCUUGGAGGAUCCCAGUGGAUUCAGCAUCAAAGACGUGCCUUCGUCACCACUGGUAACCCAUUCCAUCUCCCUCACCGCUGUCGCUGUGUGAAGCAGCGUCCCCUUCCCUCUGUCUCCACUGCAUGUCCACACGGCGUCCCCUCAGGUCCUGGUCUCUGUGCUGCUCGCUUUUUAAGAUCUUCAAUAAAAAUAUGUCUUAUUACAUUUAACAACAUCUCUGAACCUAAUGCGUGGGUCCACUAGGAGUUUAUCAGACAUGAGCUUGUUACUUAUACAAACCGGGUCUAAUCAAGCUGGUAGUAAAACCUGGAAUGGGUGACACUGCUCUGCAACAGGAAUCCAGUACAACCAAAGAACUUCAAACAUAUUCACCAGCAAACGGGUGCACAAAUACUGCUUGUACUAUAAGAGCUAAUAAAUGCAUUUUAAAACCGUG